CUCAUCUCCGUAGCAGCAUGUGGAAACAAAGGUUGAGGGAUCCCACGGCUGCCCGGUCAAAAAGCAUGGUGGUGGGAGAGAACACCGGGAGCUCUAGCCGGCCGUCCUCACCCAGUGUGAUGGAGCGAACGUUGAAAUCAGGUUGGCUGAAGAAACAGAGGAGCAUCAUGAAGAAUUGGCAGCAGCGCUGGUUUGUGCUCAGAGGAGAGCAGCUCCACUACUAUAAGGACGAGGAUGAAAACAAACCCCAGGGUUCAAUCCAACUACAAGGCAGUCAAGUCAAUGAAUUUACAGCCAAUCCGGAGGAACAUGGCAAACAUCUGUUUGAGAUUGUCCCAGGGAAAUGGGUGAUAGACAUAUUGUCUGUCUGCAUCUGCAACUGCCCCGAGCCUCGCUGGUGA